AUGGAACUUUCCAAUUACUUCAAUUUUAAUUUUACAAAUAUCGAAGACUUGACGUCGCUCGAGACCAAACUUGACGAGUUACGCGAUUUUGAUAAGCAAGUAAAAAACACCGUGGUGAGCAAGUUGUCAGAUUCAACUGAAUCGCAAUUAGUGAACAAAAUAAAGCCAGAUACAGACUACACUAAGAUAAAUGAUGCAAUUGAGAAGAUUAUAUCCGUCGUUCUGGUAAUAGCUAACUUGGACGAUGUAAACGAGAGCUUGAAUAACAUUGAUGCCUUGAUUCAAGAAUAUGGUGACAUACCAGCAUUGAAGGAAUUGCAAGCAAAAAUCAAGAAUAAACAUGCUGCCGAGGUGCAAAUGAAGUAUCUUUUGGAAUAUCAGCAGCUUGAAAAAAAACUAACUGAUAGCACUUCAUUGGAGGAUAUGCAAAGUCUUUCGCUGGAAGUAAAAGAGUUGCUGGCCCCUGAAUUGAUUUCAAAACUUGACCUGGAAAUUAAUCUACUGAGAGUAAAAUUGGAGCAUGAAUUGCAGGGCCUAAUCAAGGACAAUAAAUGGUUGAGUAAAAACUCCGUUUCAAACGAAACAAUGACUUCAAUAACUAGAAUCGCUGAAAAAUUGAUUCAAUUGCAAUCAAUAAAGCAUAUCCCCACCUACCCAGAUACAUGGUGGGUGUUGCAAUGUUUACUAGAACCUGUGAUUACAAGGUUUCACUACCAUUUUGAUACGCCUAAUAAGGACACCAAUAAGUUGUCAAAACCAGAGUGGGCAUUGAACUUUAUUGAAACCUUUUUGGACGACAAUCUACCACUUCUUAAUAUAACUGUUGACGAUCAAUUCAGAAAAGUGCAUAGGAUUGGUACGUAUGAAAUAAUCACUGCUUUGCUCGUUCCUGUGAGAGACAAGAUGAAUAAAGUGAUUCAAGUCAUUAAUACCAAUUUGAACUUGGAAUACGAUAAAAAAGUAAGGGAAAAGUAUGGAGUCUUGUUAUCACACUUGGUAUUUGAAUUAUCUUCGUUUGAUCAAAGGCUAAGAAACAAAUACAAAUAUAACCCGUACGCAACGGAUUCUGCAAAACCUGUAAUGGAGAAAUGGACUGGGAUCACUGGUGAUAUUUUAUUGGACAAUCAUAAUCGUGCUUUUGAAAGCUGGCUUGGGUUUGAGAAGCAAUUGGCUGUGAAAAGAUUCAAUCUGGAGAUAAUAAAUGUGGAUGAUUGGAUCAAGAUAGAUUUCGAUUACCAACCAGAAAAAUAUGGUUCAGACUUGAGGUCCGCUCGCGCAAAAUACUUGCGGCCAUCAUUUUCCGCUUAUGGUCUUGUCAAACUAGUUGAAAAUUUGAACUCCCAUUUCCAAACGCUCAGUAUCGUCAAGUUUCAGUUGAAGUAUGUGUCGAGUAUUCAGUUACACUUGCUAGACUUGUAUUUGGAUCAAUUGACCCAGCAACACAAGUUGUUUACUGAUAGGAAUACCAAGAGUGUUUUAACAAUGAUACCAGGUGGGAUCGAUACAGACUCAAAGACUUCCAACAAAUACGAAGCCGAACUGAGAAUGGGGUUGGAGAACCUCACCCAAAUUUACUGUUCGGCUAAAUUUGUCAUUAACUGGAUGCAAAAAUGGAACGAGGAUCUUGUCUUUGUUCAGCUAUGGAAAAUGUAUCAAAGCUUAUCCGAUGUCACUUUUGAUCUGGAUGCGGAUGACGGAUUAUUCAGCUCAAUCUCGAACAAGUUUGAUAAAUUGGUUGACAAAACGUUGAGCAGCUACUUGGCAAUAUUUCGAAUUGAAAUCAAGCGGUUGUUGAAAGCGUAUGUGAAUACAAGUCAGUGGGUUUUGCCCGACCAAAGCAAUGACCUUUCUCCGUCUCAAGAUUUAAAAUCAAUUAUAAACACGUUGCCAACCUAUCUUGAUAUUAUAGAAAAGUCGGUAUCCAAGAUUGAUUACUUUGCUAUUUCCAGCAUGGCAGUAACCAUUAUAUCAGAGUUGUUAUAUGAGUAUGUGAUUACUAAUAACAGGUUUUCAAGAGCUGGGGUUAAUCAGUUGAUUAAUGAUUUCAACUAUUUGGUCAGUUCUUUGCAUGUUACAUUACUAUUAAACACAAGGAGACUGAGUUCUAUUACGCGUUUGGAAGAUUACCCAAUGUCUAAUGAUAACAACCGAAGUUAUGUUAAAGUGGUGCAAGCGAUUGAUGUUCUUGAUUCUGUCUCACUGGAGAUGACAAGCGAUAUUAAGCGCCAAGAAGGAAAUGCAAUUGAUAAAUUGAGACAAGAUUACACACAUGGAAUAGAUGCUUUGAACAAUGCCGAGAUAAAGGAUUUAUUGAAUCGACUUGUACAGGAGUAA